GUUAUUGUGAGCGGGCUUCUUCAGCCUGCACACAGCCCCUGAAGGAUUUUGAUGCUAGCUAGCCAGCUGUUCUCCAAAAAUGGCAUCUUUCGUGACAGAAGUCCUUGCUAGUUCUGGUAAACUUGAAAAAGAAGAUCUCACUGGUAAAAUAAGCAAGCUGUCACGGAAAGUAGAAGAAACAAAGGUAAGCAAGCGAGUUAGCGUUGCCUAACUUAGCUAACGUUACCUAGCCCGCGAAAUAAUCAAAACAUUCGGCUAACUUUAAUCACAAAGCCAUCUAGCUAAUUUUAUAUAACGUGAUUUUAUCGUUCGAACCCGUUAAUAAAAUAUUUGGUUUUAUCGUUCUAAUCAGUCUUGCUAUGCUAGUUAGCCUCAUCUAACUAACUACCCCGAUUGACUGUCGUUAGCUAGAUGCCAAAGCCACAGCUUUGUUUGUGGCAGCCUUUGAGUUGUGUGGUGGCAGCUAGGUGUCCCAUUGUGUGGUGAACAAAAUUUGCGCGAGUAAAAUAAUGGAAAUUCUGGAAUCGGCGGUGUGUCUUCAAAAUAAAAGUCCCCCAUUGAAACGGAUAAAAAUAAUCGAAUCAUGCCACAAUUGACCCUUCGCUAAGCCCCGCCCCAGAAUAUUUGGCAACCAAUCGCAGCGCUGCAAUGGAUAGCAGAUGUCGUCCAGACCAACACCUCGUUAGUCGUGCACGAUUCCUGGAUUUUUGCAGUCGACUCCGACUCCUGUGGUUGGAGUCGACUCUUGCUCGACUCCCAAAACACGCUGAAAUAAAAAAAAUAAUAUGCCAUUUCGCAGACGCUUUUAUCCAAAGCGACUUACAGUCAUGCGUGCAUACAUUUUUGUGUAUGGGUGGUCCCGGGGAUCGAACCCACUACCUUGGCGUUACAAGCGCCGUGCUCUACCAGCUGAGCUAUAGAGGACCACAUGGAUGCGUACACACCCUCAUUAUUGCACAAUCCUACUAGGAAGACUACGUUUGCGUUCUAGUGGACUGACAUGAGCAUGAUGCUGCCCAUUUGCUCAUCAACUUAGCCUAUAAAAGGCCUAUUUUGUUUGAAUAUAGGUGAUGUGUAGGAACUAGAAUAUGUCUGCUGUGUGCAGCCUUAACGGAUCCCAUGGGAUGAUGUGGCUCACUCUACACUGAUAAGCCUAUUCUUUGCCAUGUUAUAGCCCGAUUCGGAUGGGUAGGCUAUUACUAGAGACGGUGUAUUUGUUAUCCAAGUAUGUGUGUUAUUCCAGAGAACGAUUCACACAGAAUUAGUUUUUCCAAACUGCCCCCUGUCAUUCUUACUUUUUUCAAAAUAAAUGUAAUGUCUAGACUACACUGAUAACUCGUGUUUGGCUGCCAAAUGUAUAGGUGUCCCCAUAAUAUUUUAAUUGAUGAAGUGUGAUCAUAAUCAUUAUUUUAGCUAUCCAUGGUAGAGGUCCUUCCUAAUAACAAUGCUGCUGAACCAUAUUUGCACUUGAGAUGCAUUUAUGGAUGAGAAAGUGAACUUGUCAUUUCUAAAAAGUUUAGCGGGGAUGCCCUGCUUUGACCAUUUGCCUAUGACAGGGCUCUCCAACUCUUAGUGGAGAGCUACCAUCAUGUAGGUUUUCACUCCAACCCUAAUCUAGCACAUCUGAUUAAAUAAUUAGCUGGUUGAUAAGCUGAAUCUGGUUAGUUACAUCUGGGGUUGGAGCGAAAACCUACAGGAAGGUAGCUCUGAAGGAACAGGGUUGGAGAACCCUGACAUAGGACAUCAACAGCCAGCCAGGGUUUCAUUAAAUAACAUUUACAUUUACAUUUUAGUCAUUUAGCAGACGCUCUUAUCCAGAGCGACUUACAGUUAGUGCAUACAUUUUUUAUUUUUUUUUCGUACCCCCUGUGGGAAUCAAACCCACAACCCUGGCGUUGCAAACGCCAUGCUCUAUCAACUGAGCUACAUCCCUGCCGGCCAUUCCCUCCCCUACCCUGGACGACGCUGGGCCAAUUGCGCGCCGCCCCAUGGGUCUCCCGGUCGCGGCCGGCUACGACAGAACCUGGAUUCGAACCAGGAUCUCUAGUGGCACAGCUAGCACUGCGAUGCAGUGCCUUAGACCACUGCGCCACUCGGGAAAUAAGCUAUAGGCACAACUUUUUAUUGCACAUGAUGCAUUUGUCGAUGUUCAACUUACAUUUACUGGCACUAUGAAGAAUAGCUUAGCCAUAGUCAUUGAUAGCCUAUAUACUUUAAUAUACUGUACUUUGGUGAAUUUAAGAGGCAUUGCUACACUGCGAGACACAGAUUACCAAGUUAUAGCCUAUGCGCACGGUUCCGACUGUCUGUCAGCCUGCCCCGAUCCAGCCUGCUCUCUCUUCACUUUUGAAAAACGCUAUUGUGUGUUUGGUCUUCCUUCUGUUGUGUGUAGAAUAGCUCAGCCUAUUCAUUGAUAACCCCUACUUUAGUGAACUUGCGCGAGACAUUGCAAGCCAAGAAAUUGCGAAAUACAGCAUUGCUAUAGCCUACAUCUUUUGCCUGGUGGCUGACAUGCCUACCUAUGACUGGCUGUGCCCCUCCCAUCUCUCUAUCUCCCUCGCUAGCUCGCUCUUUCUUUGCUGUGAAAGAUGCAAGAGUUUUGUUCUCGAAGUAGAUUACGGCAACUAGUUUCCUCCGUUGCAAAAAUACAGAAUCUUAGGAGUCGAGGAGUCGAUUCCUAGAGGAAUCGAGGCUUGACACCCAGAAAUGGGAGUCGACGGGCAAGGAGUCAAGGAAUCACACCUCGGACAAGCUCAUGUUUGAAACACAUGAAAGCCAUACAAAAAACUGUUUUCAUCCAAAAACAAAUUGUUUAAAUGGCUAAAUUAUUGAACAAUGCACCAGGGGUAUUUGCUACUGUGAUUCCUGAAAUGCAGAGCCUGUUGGAGUGUUUUUCAAAUCCGAAAUUAUACUUUUGUGACAUUGUUUGCUAGCUCUGUCUUAUUGACCACCCAACGUUGCAAACGCUAGUUAACGUGGCAUAAAAUUAACACCUGCCAAAUGUGGGUAGAUUUAGGUAUUGGCCUGUAAAAAUGUAUAUUUAACCAGCCACGCUGGCAGGUGGUUAAUUUAGAGGGCUCUACGGUUAGAGUAUUACAUUCGCAAAAAAUGAUAGUCAAAAGUCAAGUAUGAGCACAUGAGCGAGUUGGGGUCAGAAAAAUGCUGCAGUAGCUGUUUUCAAAGUAUUUCUGCUGUUUUGUUUCAUAGCUGCUAAUAGGGCUGGGCGAUAUGACCAAAAUAUCAUAUCACAGUAUUUUUCAAAUUUUUGACAGUAUGAUGGUAUUUUACAGUAUUUUAUGUUUUUGUAUAAUAAAAGUUCGACAUUUUCUUUGAGUAGUGGGUGACCCUAGUCUGGCAACAUAUACAUUCUGAGUGAUUUCAGUGGGCCUUUCUCCAUUCUGAUUUGUUUUAUACUGUUCAAUUCAACUUCAACCAAAAAUUUUUUCCUGCACUCAUUUGAGAUAAUUUCCACACUGCCAUAUAGGGCUGCACGAUAUGGGGAAAUUUGCCUUAUUUAUAACCAAAUGUUGCAAUUGCGAUUUAGAUCAAAACACUUGGAACUGUUGGAAUCCUGGAAAUAGAAUGUUUAUUCUAAUUCUACAGUUAGAAUAUAAAUAAUAGUGGGCACUUCGAAUACAGUGACAUGACAACCAAUGACAAAGCCAGGGAGGAGUUAUUGUGACAGGGUAGGAACCAAAGUGAUGGUCAGUAUUUCCUAGGGGACCCUAUAUUCUUUGGCUACAUUAAAUGUUUCUUCAUGUAGCCAAUAUAUUCAUGCUUCGCCUAUUCCUCUUUGAUGUAGAAGAUACUGUUGCACAAACAUGCUGAUUUAGGCCUAAACCAGCACUGGUAUCAGGCUGUAUUAGCGAGCUACGUUUGCUCUGACUCGGUACAUUUAUUAGCUAGCCAGCUAACUAUCUAUUAGCAUUAGAGGCUAACAUGAUUUAGCUCAAACUUGCUAAGAAAAUACAAACUAGCUGUUUUCAGAUGUAAGAAACACAAACUAAUAGUGUAAUUGUAGAACACUUGUGGAUUUAUAUUAAGAAGCAAAGUGGAAAUUAACAUUGUUGUCAUAAACAUUGUUGCAUGUGCUGCAUUGACCAUGCAGAUCGAAUGCAAGUGUCUCCUGGUCAAGCAACAACAAAUGUGCUCCUUGAGUGACGGGACGGGGCUAGGUCUAUAUAUAUAUACACACACACAGUGGGGAGAACAAGUAUUUGAUACACUGCCGAUUUUGCAAGUUUUCCUACUUACAAAGCAUGUAGAGGUCUGUAAUUGUUUAUCAUAGGUACACUUCAACUGUGAGAGACGGUAUCUAAAACAAAAAUCCAGAAAAUCACUUUGUAUGAUUUAAGUAAUUAAUUUGCAUUUUAUUGCAUGACAUAAGUAUUUGAUACAUCAGAAAAGCAGAACUUAAUAUUUGGUACAGAAACCUUUGUUUGCAAUUACAGAGAUCAUACGUUUCCUGUAGGUCUUGACCAGGUUUGUACACACUGCAGCAGGGAUUUUGGCCCACUCCUGCAUACAGACCUUCUCCAGAUCCUUCAGGUUUCGGGGCUGUCGCUGGGCAAUACGGACUUUCAGCUCCCUCCCAACAUUUUCUAUUGGGUUCAGGUCUGGAGACUGGCUAGGCCACUCCAGGACCUUGUGAUGCUUCUUACGGAGCCACUCCUUAGUUGCCCUGGCUGUGUGUUUCGGGUCGUUGUCAUGCUGGAAGACCCAGCCACGACCCAUCUUCAAUGCUCUUACUGAGGGAAGGAGGUUGUUGGCCAAGAUCUCGCGAUACAUGGCCCCAUCCAUCCUCCCCUCAAUACGGUGCAGUCGUCCUGUCCCCUUUGCAGAAAAGCCUCCCCAAAGACUGAUGUUUCCACCUCCAUGCUUCACGGUUGGGAUGGUGUUCUUGGGGUUGUACUCAUCCUUCUUCUUCCUCCAAACACGGCGAGUGGAGUUUAGACCAAAAAGCUCUAUUUUUGUCUCAUCAGACCACAUGACCUUCUCCCAUUCCUCCUCUGGAUCAUCCAGAUGGUCAUUGGCAAACUUCAGACGGGCCUGGACAUGCGCUGGCUUGAGCAGGGGGACCUUGCGUGCGCUGCAGGAUUUUAAUCCAUGACGGCGUAGUGUGUUACUAAUGGUUUUCUUUGAGACUGUGGUCCCAGCUCUCUUCAGGUCAUUGACCAGGUCCUGCCGUGUAGUUCUGGGCUGAUCCCUCACCUUCCUCAUGAUCAUUGAUGCCCCACGAGGUGAGAUCUUGCAUGGAGCCCAAAACCGAGGGUGAUUGACCUGGCAUUACUGGAACCAUGUCAUCCAAAAAGUUAUACUUUUGAAUCAUCUGUCCAUAGAACGUUCUUCCAAGAGUCUUGAUGAUCAUCCAGGUACUUUUUGGCAAACUUGAGUCAACUUUUUGGACGAGAUGGGUCCCAUUUAUGCCUGGCGAAAACCAAACACUGCAUUCCACAGUAAGAACAUCAUACCAAAGGUCAAGCAUGGUGGUGGUGGUGUGAUGGUUUGGGGAUGCUUUGCUGCCUCAGGACCUGGACGACUUGCCUUAAUAGAAGGAACCAUGAAUUCUGCUCUGUAUCAGAGAAUUCUACAGGAGAAUGUCAGACCAUCCGUCUGAGAGCUGAAGCUGAAGCGCAGCUGGGUCAUGCAGCAAGACAAUGAUCCAAAACACACAAUCAAGUCUACAUGAAAAUUGCUAAAAAGCAACAAAUUGGAAGUUUUGGAAUGGCCUAGUCACAGUCCAGACCUAAUCCCAAUUAAGAUGUUGUGGCAGGACUUGAAACGAGCAGUUCAUGCUUGAAAACCCACACGUCACUGAGUUAAAGCAGUUCUGCAUGGAAGAGUGGGCCAAAGUUCCUCCACAGCGACGUGAGAGACUGAUCAACAACUACAGGAAGCAUUUGGUUGGAGUCAUUGCAGCUAAAGGUGGCACAACCAGUUAUUGAGUGUAAGGGGGCAAUUACUUUUUCACACAGGGGAAUUGGGUGUUGCAUAACUUUGUUUAUGAAAUAAAUAUGUAAUUGUUGUGUUAUUUGUCCACUUAUGUUCCCUUUAUCUAAUAUUAGGUUUUGGUUGAAGAUCUGAUAACAUUCAGUAUCACAAAUAUGCAAAAGUAGAGAAAAUUAGAAAGGGGGCAAAUACUUUUUCACAGCACUGUAUAUACAGUGAGGGAAAAAAAGUAUUUGAUCCCCUGCUGAUUUUGUACGUUUGCCCACUGACAAAGACAUGAUCAGUCUAUAAUUUUAAUGGUAGGUUUAUUUGAACAGUGAGAGACAGAAUAACAACAACAAAAAUCCAGGAAAACGCAUGUCAAAAAUGUUAUAAAUGUAUUUGCAUUUUAAUGAGGGAAAUAAGUAUGUGACAAAUAAAAUUUGAUUUGAAGUCUGUGUUUGGAGGAUAUAUUGGUACGGGUGUUGUUAGGCCCGAGAGGAAGUCGAGUGCCGGCAAACCGUGCCAAUAUAUCCUCCAAACACUGGCUUCGAGGGCAUUAUCACUUUUAUAAAACGGGUUACCAACAUAUUCAAAUAAUGAUUGACAUAUUUUAAUUAACGUUAUUUUGAUUAAUUUAUUCAUACUAUUUAAUCAUUCCACAAGAUAUUGUCCCAACACAUCUAGGGUUGCUAGACGCGACCCAGUCGUUCAGUCUUUUUGUUCUGUAUCUAUAGACGCGACCCAGUCAUUCGUUCUAAAUGUUCCAUUGCCAUACUAGCUGGCAACGUUCUUAUCCCUUGCUUGCUAGCUAGCCAACUACGGCUAAUUUACAGUCACGUCAAAAAGUGCUGCCAGAAUAACAGCAAAGUACCUUCAUUUGCAUUUGUUUAAGCUGUUUUCUAGUGACAUUUAUUUGGAUACAUCCAUAACAAUGAGCUAAUGAGGCACGAUUUCACCUGGCAUAGAAAAUGUGCUCACGCAUCAGGACACUUGUUCAGAGGAGCUAGCCAACAACACAGCUACAGUAACACAAUCACUUCAAACUGAAGCUGGAAAGACUGCAAAUUAGCUGUGUUUCGUUUUACCUUUUUUCUGUAUAUAUCCAUAACAAUGAUGCCAGCUGAUUCAUGAUUUCGACUGGCUGAGAAACGCAGCCUGCCUGUCUCGUCCCGACACGUUCAUUACUAUGGGACAGCAGAAGAUCGAAUUUAAAUAUUGAAACAAUGUUGCAAAUUUCAGAGAGACAGACAGCAAGGUGUAUACAAAUCUCUGCGGUUGAAAACUAAAUGUUAGAAAUGGUAGAUAAUGUCUAGAUGCUUUUUAUAGUGGAGAUCCAUUUUAUAAAUUGCCUGGCUGGGCUGAUGAGACAGUGGACUGCGCUGUCCAAUUGAACAGCUUAAAUAGGCAUUUUAAUGUCAAAGAUUUAGCCCGCGGCAAUUUGUGGAAUAGACACUGGCUGGAAUGCGGUUUUAACCAAUCAGCAUUCAGGAUUAGACCCACCUAUUUGUAUAAUUAAAUGUCUACCGUGUCCACGGUGUGUCCGGAUUCCCUUUUCCCGCACUAUAUUCAAAUGCCAGAAUUCAUACUACAAACGGUGGAAUAGGCAAAAUAUGAUAAGAGCAACAACUGAUGGCAGUAGCUAACUACUGUAGCCAACUAACCCCUGUAGCUAGCCAGCAAGCAACGCUAAAGGGAUUGCAAACGGGUUUUUCUAGCUAGCUGGCUACCAUUUAUGUGUCCAGCAAACACGUUCCUCACACGUUAGGAACGUAUUUUCUCCAACGUUAUAAUGAAAAGGUGCCUCUCGGUCCCAAAACACAAGUUUUCUGGAGACUUGUGGGAGGAGUGCUGAUGACACUGCCCACUGUAUGUGCUUUCGGUAGCCUGAUUGCGUCCAGACUGAGGAGAAAUCCUCACACAAACAAUGCAUCCCUGACCACCACCUGAAGUGGUCAGCCAGAUCUGAACACAAUCAAUGCGAUCUUCGUAUUCUGAUAGCAGCAGUUGCAUGUAAGUGUCAAGUGUAGACACGGCCUUAGAUAAACUUGUUGCUGGCAUAGUUGAUCUAAGGUCGUGUCUACACUUACGUGCAACUUCAUUAGCCAGCUAAGUAGGUAACGUAGCAAGGCUAGCUAAUUGAGGCUACUUUGCUGCACUCCCCGUCCUUGUCUACAAAAACUCCAUUCAUAUUAAAUAACAGCCUACCUGUUGGUUGAUCAUUGUAGCCUACUCCUUCUCAUUUAGCCAACUUAAUUCAAUUUACCAUUGACUACAAAUCUCCAACUUCACUUGCUACACAGUCUGACUGUAGCACCACAAUGAUUGACCGACAAUAAAAACAAGCCACACACUUAGUCCAAUUGUUGCAUGAUUCUACUAUUUUCAUCCGUUUGCAUCAGUUUCAAUAGAGGACUUUUAUUUUGAAAGCGAACCACCGAUUCCACUAUUGUUGCUUACGCUAAUCUUGUUCACGAUACACACGUCUAGUUGACUACACUAAAGUUACUAGCUAGCUACAAACUUGUAGCUAUAACAUUACAGGCAAGGAUCAUGUCAGAAGUAGGGUUAGAUAUUACUGCACUGUCGGAGCUAGAAGCACAAGCAUUUCGCUACACCCGCUAUAACAUCUGCUAAACACGUGUAUGUGACAAAUAAAAUUUUAUUUGAAGUAGCUGUACCUAGCUAGCUACGCUAGCCUCUUGCUAAGAAAUUGUCUAGCAACGCGUUCUGAACAAGUUAGCUUAGUUAGAAGCUAGCUAACUAGCUUGGUAGGUAAGUUAGCUAGGUUACUCUCGCACACUGUAAAACGUUUGAUCACUCGUGGCCAUUCUACCCAGACACUGCUGUUCAGUAUUGAAUGACGUGUCAUGGUUGUGCCCAUGUACUCUGCCCGAAUUGAAAAAAAGAUACCCCUUUUUACCAGGGGUAUAUUUAUGCAAUGUUGUAUAGCUUAAUGUCUUUGCCUCACACUUUGAUUAUUUCCCUCAAUCUCACCAUCUGCGUUUAUCCCAUAGGAAGAGGUAUGUGACAUUAUCAACAAGAGGUACAAUGAGUUCCUACCCAGUAUGCAGGGGGCAGAGGCACUUAUGGGACAGGCUGAGGAGGUCUCUAAAGAAAUUGACGUCCUCAAAAGCUGCAUUGAGACAGAGGUAAGCUUCACUAACUACUCAUGGGUCAAUGGGUUCGCCUUGUGUUUUUGGAGGUGUUAUUUGACUGUCCGUUGGCAGAGACCUACUAUUGACUGUGUGUGUACAGGUGCAGCAUAAUCUUCAUACAGCUGUGACUGAAUAUGCCAAGCUGAAGCAGCAGCUGGAGAGAAACACUACUGUCAUUGCCAUGCUCAGGCACCUAGAAGAGGUAGCCUACAUCCCUCCCCACUGUGGCCCUAACCUGGUCCCCACUGAUAUCUACACAUGGCCCUGUUUAAACUGAAUAAUGUUAUUUAUAGUAAUGCACAGAUUUAGCGCUUGAGUUCUGUCCUUGUGUACCUGGCCCGAGACACGAAUUUGGGAUGAUCAUCAAUAAUAUUGGUAAAUGUCAACGCAUAUUUACAUGUUUUUCUGUUGUCGAUUUAGUUUCACAUUGCAAUGGAGGAGUUUCACAAAGCCCUACUGGAGAAGAAGUAUGUAAUUUCGGCCAAGCAGUUAGAAAAGGCCCGGCACAGUGCAGACUCUCUGAAGGCGUGGAAAGGCUCUGAGCUGCCCCUGCUGAGAGCCCUGAGCUCAGAGCUCACUGUCCAGAGAGAGAACCUCAUCUACCAUCUGGGGGAUGAGUGGAAGAGACUGGCUGUCUGGAAACUGCCUCCUUCCAAAGGUAAAUAGACUCUCCCAGGCAUCGUAGAGAGGGGAAAGACCCUGGUCUGAUGCUUGGCCUCAUAAGUACACAGCUUAAUUUAUUGACCAUGAAGUGUUAGUAAGUAGCCAUUCUAGGGCACUUGUAUUGAGGAUAAGUAGGUUGCCUUAGGGGUAUCAGCCACACUUAGAAGGGUAUAGCAUGGAAUCCUCUGAUAUAAAUGUAUUAUUUAAAACAUGUUUGGUAAGUUUAUUUUAUUUUACUUACAGUGGUAAAUUGCACUCUUCUAGUGAUAUGGGGGGGGGAAUCGAUAGUUACAUGUCUGGAUAUAAUUUAUAAUGAUAUUAUAUAGUAUCGUUUCGACAAUAUCCAAUAUUUGGUGCUAGUUAGAUGUACCUGCAUAGCUUGUUCUCCAUCUUCUUUUUAAAUAGGGAGCCAAUUUGUUUCAUCACUUAUUUCCAUGACUGAUCAAAACAGGUUUUCUCAUGGCUCUCUCUUGUCCCUGUGCAGCAGACAUAUGGUGGCAAUAUGUUUGGAACAUCGAAUUGCAAUAAAAUCACAGUAUCGAAUCGCAAUACAUAUGAGUCGUGAGAAUCGCAACACAUAUCAUAUCGGCACCUAACUAUCGCGAUAAUAUCGUAUCAUGAGGUCCCAUGCAAUUCCCAGCCCUACUUGAUUCAUGUUAUCUCAGGUGAACAGUGGUACCGUGUUAUGCCACCACAGACACUGAUUGUGUGUCCAUCUGUCCUCAGAGUCGACAGGGAUGAAGUCUUUCCUGAAGAUGGAGCUCCAGCUGACCCUGGGCGGGAACAAGGAGCCCCAGCAGAGCCCUCCCCCUCUGCUCUCCUGUGUCCUCCAGGCCCUGGCCAUCCAGGGGGAACUCCAACACAAGAUAAAACUCUUCAGUAAGACCCAGUGUCCAGUCAAUGUUUUUUUUUUUUUUUACUGUAAAGCUGACCACAUUUUAUUGAAGUUGAACUCGUUGAAACCACCUUGUGAAAUACCCCCCUAUUAUUUGAAUAAGGAUUAUUUUCUGUUUGUAUUAGUCUGACUAUUGAGUUUUAAUAAUGUGGACUGCCUCUCUGUUCUGUACAUACACUGUGAGGCUGCUUCCAUAGCAUCCUGUUAGUCCAUCAUGAGACAGCCAGCCUCUCCCCACUCUAGGCCAGGUGCUGCUGAAGUACCUGCUGAAGCCCUUGAUCAUGUACCCCUCUCUGAACGUGGAGGUGUCGGAGCAGCAAGGCGAGGGCACCCUACUCUCUCUCCAGUGUGCCGAGACCCCCGAGGAGCACCCCAGCCCCUCCCAGGUCUACACCAAAGUCCUGGUGGUACUCAAGACCCUACACACACACCUGCUAGGUAGCCACUACUGCAAAUAGUCCUAUUUGUUGGUCAUUUAGCGCUGGUUUCCCACACACAGAUUAAGCCUAGUCCGAGACUAAAAAGCUACAGUAUUUCAAUGGAGAUUCUCCAUUGGUCUUGCUUUUUAGUCCAAGACUAGGCUUAUUCUGCAUCCGGGAAACCGGCCCGUAGUCUCUUGUUUAGAAGGAUUAUUGAGUUUCAAUUUAACAAAAAAUAUCCUUUGGUCACAGCAAAUAUGAAACGAGUUAAUAUGCCAGCUGCCAUUUUAGAGCAUUGCCAUUGGCACUAUAACAACACGUCUCUCUUGUUUUGCUUUGCAGACGUAUCAGUUGGCGAGAGAAAAGUGUCUUUCAUACUGGGAGACCUGGUAUGGCAGGAGAUGUCUCACUGCAUCAUACAUGAGUGCCUCCUGUACUCAAUCCCAACCAAUAGCAGCCAGCUUGAACAGUACAGUGUGGUAUGUAUCAAAGGCUAACCAAGUACUCCAAAUACACCCUUAUCAGUCCCUCCAGGAUUCUGAGAUCUUUUAUUUUUUUUGCUAAAUCAACAAUUCCCCGCAUAUUAUGCAAGGGCUUGUAAAUUUGACCAAUCACCACACUAUUUCUGCAUAAAAUAGUCAAAUCCUCGCAAUAUUAUUGCAUAAAAAUGACCCAUCACCGCAGUACAAAAAGAGGGCUCGCUAUUUCAACCAAUCUCCACAUUUACUGCAUAAUAUGGUUCAAUCAAGCCACACGUCAACAAACUUUCUUUCCCUUUGUCAGCACAUUUGUGACAAAUUGGACAAAAUCUUCGCAUAUUGCCAUGCAAAAGGUCAGAAUUGCUGUAGCAAUACAGUUUGUGCCUGUUGGUUUUGUCGAAGAAAUACAAAUACCUAUAUUUUUGGAACUAAAAACUUGAUAUAGACUAUGUAAAGAACAUUUGCUGCAAAGACAUACUGCUAGAAAGGAGACUUUUCAUUCUGUCAUUCAUACCACCCUGUAUGUUCUCACCCCCAGGUGAUCAAAGAGACGGAGGAGUUUGAGAAAUCCCUGAAGGAGAUGCAGUACCUCAGAGGAGACGCCACCGAGCUGCUCAAGUACGCCCGGGACAUCAACUGCCACUUUGCCAGCAAGAAAUGCAAAGACGUGAUUGUGGCGGCACGCAAGCUGAUGACCUCUGAGAUGCAUAACACCGUCAAAGUGUGAUGUUCUCCUACAGUCUAUCCAUGGUCUUAUCUGUGUGGUUUCUAAUUAUUACGUACACAGUCAAUAGCCACACAGUUGACUCCUGAUGUACAGUAUGUGGUUGCUUGCCACUGCAACAUGUGAAUGCAUGCACUAAAUCAGAACAUACAUAUACCCAGAGAAAAUAAACGCAACUAGGACAGGUGAACUGCUUUGCAUCUUGCACUGCAGGUAAAUGCACAGAGGUUGUACUUGACUGUACUGCUAACAUCACUUCCUGCCAACAGAUCACACCAGAUUCUAAGCUCUCGGUCCCCAAGCUGCCCAGCCCUGGAGACAACAAGGGCAAGCAGGAGGCCAAGAAGCUUGAGGCGUCCAGGUUGGAGAACGAGAAGCAGCUGGGUGCGCGGACGCUGUGCCUGCCUGUGUGUCGCAUCAGCGAGUCGGUGCAGGAGCUGAUGGGGCUGGCCCUACACACGCUGUCCGAGGCCGUGGGCAGCUCCAGCCAAUGGUACGCUCUCAUGUUACGCGGUGCCAUGUUACCCACUGCACAUGAUGACUUAAUAUUAACUCUUCAGCUUUAGCCCAGUGUUUCACUAAAGUUUUUUGUUUUGCGAAGAUGACACUUUCUCAUUUUUGUCCUUCGAAGUGCUACCCAACUGUUCUUCGCGGUGCGGAAUAUAUUCCAGCUAUUCUAUGAUGUUGUGCCUACAUACCAUAAGUGAGUAUAUUCUGUUUAUUUAUACUGAAUUUCAGUAUUAGCAUUUCCCCCCGAGACUGUGUCUGUCUCACUGACUUCUCUCUGUGUCUCUGCUCUCCAGAGAGAACCUGCUCAAGUUCCCCCACCUGGCAGCCAUCCAGCACAACAACUGCAUGUACAUCGCCCACCACCUGCUCACCCUCGGCCAUCAGUUCAGGCCACACCUGCCCUACCCCCUCAGCGAGGGCGCUGCCACCUUCGUGGACCUGGUGCCCGGCUUCAGGAAACUGGGUAAGGGAAUGAGCGUGUCCCAUGGCUUGCCUAGCAUUAGCAUGGCUACACUCUUGAUGGGCUUUUGUGGUGGUUGAACUGUUGUUGUUUUUUUUCCAAAAAGGAUGAUGAGACCAGGGAGAUUUGAGUCAAUCAUGUUCUAUAGACAUCCCAACUCCGAUGUGGAUGAAAAGCGAAUGUACACUUCUAGCUCUCUGACUCUCUUGCUGUGUGUUUCCCCAGGCGCUCAGUGCUUCCUGGCCCAGCUGAACGUCCAGAGAGCGGAGAUGCUGGAGCGUCUCUCCACUGCACACAACUUCUCCAACCUGGAUGACGAGGACAACUACUCCGCAGCCAGCAAGGCCGUCAGGCAGGUCAGUGUUCAAGUGAACUGGCAAUAUAGCUGAAAGAGAUCUACAAUUGUCUAUAUGAUGACUGUAGCCACAUAUUGCAUUAGAGCUCCAGUAUUUUCAAAGAAGUUGUCUCAAAGGGCAACUAUCAGCCAGACAUUCUAAAAUGGUGAGUUAAGCAUCAGUUAAAGGGAUAGAUAAGGGAAAAUGUAUGUUUUGGUCAAAUUUUGAAGGAAGCAUGAUUAGCAUAGCAGGAGGCCAUCAAUUGUUGGGACAAUGCUAAUUAUACUAACUCAUGCCUGUGGCAAAAGUAAACAACAGAUUAUUGAGGACCCUGUCACUACUGGCCUACAAGACAACUCAAGGUAAGAGGAAAUUGACCCAAACAUAACUUUUGGCUGAACUAUCCCUUUAAGCUUCAGAUCAAACGUUAGAAAUGCUUGGCUUGUAUCAAAUGCACAGAUACAAUUCUUACAGGAUGUGGUCAUUGUUCCAUCACUGAAAAUGACUUGUUUCAUUUGCAGGUCAUCCAUCAGCUGAAGAGGCUGGGCACCGUCUGGCAAGAUGUUCUACCAGUCAACAUAUACUGUAAAGCCAUGGGGACUCUACUCAACACUGCCAUCUCAGAGCUGAUUGCCAAAAUCAUGAUGCUGGAGGUGAGGGCAGGCUCUUAUUUGAUAAUGUGACUUGUGUUUUCUCCAUGAUUUUAAAGGGGGCACAUAUUGCUAAUCUUGGUUGAAUGAGUGGUCUUCCUCAUCCUAUGAUUUCUAUCCAAUUUGCUCGUCUUUAGGAUAUCUCCACUGAAGAUGGGGAGCACCUACACAUCCUCUGUCAGACUAUUAUCGAGGAAGGACCCCUGGUGUUCAUUCCUCUGCCUGAGGAGAGCAAGAACAAGAAGUACCAGGAGGAGGUACCCGUGUACGUGAAGAAGUGGAUCACCUUCAAGGAGCUGGUCAUCGUGCUGCGAGCUAACCUGCAGGAGAUAGUCGACAGGUACAAAAAUGAACUUCUCAGCUUGUCAAAUCACCAUUAAAGCUAUAAAUUUUUGUCAUAAGAAAAAAGUAUGAAAACAGUUCAUUCUUUCUAUUAGUCGUGUGUACACUUUUGGAAUUGUGGUUGUCUUUGUUUGAACGGUAUACCACUGAUUACUCUAAUUGAUUGAUUUGUCUUUGUUUCCUGUCUGAAGGUGGGCGGAGGGCAAAGGGCCUCUGGCGCUGGAGUUCUGUAGUUCCGAGAUGAAGAGCCUGAUCCGAGCUUUGUUCCAGAACACUGAGAGGCGGGCGGUGGCUCUCAGCAAAAUCAAAGACUCUUGAUUCCAACAGACGACCCUUAUUUGCUGCAGCACUUUCCUUCACUGCUGUGGAAAAGUGUUCAUUAAUAUCUUAAUGCCUAGUUGUGAACUUAAAUGCAAUAUAUGCCAUUGUAACAAUAACUAUUUUGCAUAUAAACUGCAGUUUUGAAAUCCUGUUGUAUAUCCAGCUUUAAAAACCCAAUAAUGCACCAAUAAUGCUUCUACUUUCAGCUAAGCCAUUAAUGCAAUAAGGUACAGUAUGCCUGUGGACAAGCUCUACCACACUAAUAAUGCAUACUGUACUAGGAUGCGCAAAAGGCUAGGGCUAUUGCCUUUCAUUAAACUGUGUUUUCUUUCUCUGUUCAUCAUUUCAUAAAAUGAUUUGUACCUGAAACGGCUUUGUGAAUGAGCACUAUGUGAACUGAAAAGAUCAGAUGGGACAUUUAUACACAUCUCUUCAACCAUGAUUAUCCAGAUGCUUUACUAUUCUUCUUAAUGUUUCGUGCUUUAUAUUUUUUUGUAGAGUACUUUGGAAUUACAUUGUGAGUUGAUAAUGCAGGAAUAUGGUUGAAGAUUUGCAGGUAGCUACAUGGAACGUCUAUCAGUUAAUGUAUAUUUUAAUUAUGUGAUAAAUUAUAAUUUCCUAUCAAAUUCAACAAA